AUGGAUCUCGUCGCAAGCAUCCGCAAAGAAGGUAGCCGCGGCGGUCGCGGCGACUUUAAAUGGUCCGAUGUCAAAGACUCUUCGCACCGUGAGAACUAUCUUGGCCAUUCCGUGAUGGCCCCUGUUGGCCGCUGGCAACAGGGUCGCGACUUGAUGUGGUACACAAGGGCAGACGAUAGCGAAGAGGAUAGGAUUAGAAAAGAACGCGAAGAGAAGCAACGUGUCAAGGAAGCUGAAGAAGAAGCCAUGGCCCGAGCUUUGGGUCUGCCAGUUCCGGAGAAGCGCGCUAGUUCUAACGCCAAUCUUACGCCGUUGGGCGAUAAAGAUGUCCAGAAAGCAGUCCGAGAUACGACCGCGGGAGAAGACCUAGCGAUCGACGAAGCGGGCAAGGGAAUCGGGUACGGAUCUUUUCGUGGGGGCGCUGCCUCUCUGUCCGGCACUGUUGGGGAUGAUAAACUUGAGCCUGUCGGAUUGGACCCCCGCUCUGCAGACAAGCGGAGGCAGGGCAGUGAUCAGACAGAGAUAGGGAACACAGACACCGUAGGCAUCGUGAUGAGCGCGAACAUCGUCACAGGAGUCAUCGGCAUAGGUCUCGGUCUCGGUCGCGAGAUCGCCGAAGGAGGCGAUCGCACUCACGGUCAAGAAGCAGAGACAGGAGGGGUAACGACGAAGGCAGGAGACGCCGAGACGACCAUCAUCAUACCCGGGAUAGAGAUUCCCACUACCAUCGUCGGCACUGAGUUCUUCAGUCUUCGGAAAUUUGCUUUGUCUACAUACGGAGUUGGGGCGUUCGUGGAGAAACGAUAG